AUGCGUGCUUCCAUAGCUAUCAUUGCCACCAUCACCGGCCAAAUUGUCCAUGCACAGUUUGGAAUGGACAUGUUCCCUGGUAGCAUGGUUUCUGGCAGCAUGGUGACAUGCCAGAGCGGUCAUGUACCUACUCUAACUUGUGAAGAUCCGGUUCCAGAGGCCUGCUCUUGCACUUGUAGUGACGGAAUGACAUUCAACCAGUCCCGUCCUCCCGUCGUCGACCCCGCGCCUCCACCUGCGCCUCCACCAGUUGAACCACCAGUACAACUUGAUGAUAAGCCAUGCACUACAGAAAUCAUUGAAAGCUGGCAACGCUUGGAGCUACGUCACGAAAAGAAUUCAUACGAACCCUCAGAGAUGAAGACAAAAGAUAUCAAUUAUCCAGAGGACACUAUCUUAGUGGUAGCUGAUGCGAAGAAAAGGUGCCAACACUAUGAGGUAACUAUCGAUGGAGAAGUGAUUGGAACGACGUACGGAACAGGUCCCCUUGACAACUUCGAUUGCGGAUCUGUGGAUAAUUGUAUCAACAACCACGGGGGUAGUGUUGGUUAUUUCACGCUUCCCAAAGGACCCCAUGUUCUUGGUAUGAGGUGGGUCGGGAUUACAGAGCGAUGCAAACACAUCGACAUGGCCCUUGGCUAUUUCCAGAUCUACAAACCAUGCUGA